CGGGGUCAGGGAGGCCCCGCCCAGCAGCCACCUGCGACAGGUGGGGCGCGGGGCGCCGGGCGCUCGGCCAUGUCUGCGGAGGACGCGGGAUCGGGGCCCGGGCCGGCGCCCGAGCCGGGCCCGCUGUGCCCCGAGCACGGCCAGGCUCUGAGCUGGUUCUGCUGCUCUGAGCGACGGCCAGUGUGCGCCGCCUGCGCGGGGCCGGGCGGCCGCUGCCGGGGGCACCGCAUCCGCCGGGCGGAGGAGCGCGCGGAAGAGCUGCGGAACAGGAUCGUGGACCAGUGCGAGAGGCUGCAGUUACAGAGUGCCAGCAUCACCAAGUAUGUGGCUGAGGUACUGCCAGGGAAGAACCAGAGAGCAGUGAGUACGGCCAGCGCAGCACGGGACCUGGUCAUCCAGCGGCUGAGUCUGGUGAGGAGUCUGUGUGAGAGUGAGGAACAGCGGUUGCUGGAACAGGUGCAUGGUGAAGAGGAGCGGGCCCACCAGAGUAUCCUGACACAGAAAGUACACUGGGCUGAGGCACUGCAGAAACUCGACACCAUCCGCACUAGCCUGGUGGACAUGCUCACCCAUCUGGAUGACCUUCAGCUGAUUAAGGAGCAGGAGAUUUUUGAGAAGACUGAGGAAGCAGAGGGCAUUUUGGAUCCCCAGGAGUCGGAAAAGUUAAACUUCAAUGAGAAGUGCACUCGAAGCCUACUACUGACCCAGCUCUGGGCAACAGCGGUGCUUGGGUCCCUCUCAGGCACGGAGGAUGUGCGUAUUGACGAGAGGACUGUCGGCCCCUUCUUGCAAUUGUCAGACGAUCGAAGGACCCUGACCUUCAAUGCCAAGAAGUCCAAGUCCUGUGCAGAUGGCCUGGAACACUUUGACCACUGGCCCAAUGCUCUGGCUGCCACCUCCUUCCAGGCUGGGCUGCACACAUGGAUGGUGAACGUCCAGAACAGUUGUGCCUAUAAGGUGGGCGUGGCCUUAGGCGAGCUGCCCCGCAAGGGUUCUGGCAAUGACUCUCGUCUGGGCCAUAAUGCCUUCUCCUGGGUCUUUUCCCGCUAUGCCCAGGAGUUCUGUUUUUCACACAAUGGACAGCAUGAGCCCUUGGGGCUGCUGCAUUGCCCAGCCCGGCUGGGUGUGCUGCUGGACUUACAGGCACAGGAACUGCUUUUCUAUGAGCCAGCCUCAGGCACAGUGCUGCACGCCCACCACGCAUCCUUCCCUGGGCCCCUCUUCCCAGUCUUUGCUGUGGCCGACCAGACCAUUUCUAUCAUCCACUGACCUGUGGCCACAGGGAGCCCAGAUCUACCUUCCCACUGCCCUUUCAGGCUGUGGUCCCACUGAGUCCUUUUCCCAAAUGGUGCCUCUGCCUAAUGGGCAGCUUUUUGAGGGGUAGGGAUCUGUUUCAGAUUUGGGUACAACCAUUAAAUGCUGGGUGUCUGUGAGGAACCUGCUACUCCCUAGGCCUUGGUCUCCCGAAUCCACCAUGCAUCUGCCUCUGAGGGAGUCCGGUUCAUCACUUUAUCUCUGGCAUCCAGCAUGGUGCCCCGUGGACACUGAGUAUGCAAUAAGUAUUUGGUGAGCGAGUGGCUGGCUGGCUGGAUAGGUGGGUGGACAGGUGACUUGGGUGCAUGUAGGAGACUCCUCUGGAGAAGCACUGCCUCCCAGCUCCCUUCCCCCAGCUUUGAGCAUGUAGCAGCAGUUCUCUGGCGGAAAAGCCUGUGGCUGAAGCCCUUUCAUCCUCUUGUUUCAGUGCUUCUCAAUCCUUUUCAUGACAUGGCACAUAGAGAAAAUAUUUUUCUCAUACAAGGACAAUCUGAAAGGGAUUUAGAACUACUGCCAGGCUGCUCCUGGCCAAAGGACUCUGGCCUGGAAGGCGGGCAGCAGCACUGUGCCUGCCCCCCAGGUCCUGCCGGUCACUUGGAAGAUUGAGGGGGGUCCUACCUCCAGCUGACUUGCGUGCAGCACACCUGUCCGCUCUGCCUCAGACUCUGCAGCUGAACUCCAGCCUGUGACCACCCAUGGCAACUGGGACGAACUUUUCCCCUGACUUCAGCUGAUGAGUGGGCCCUCUGACAUAAUGUGGAGACCUGGAGUGAAGGCUACAAGCCAGAAAAAGCUGAGUAAGAGGGCCUUAGGGAGCAUGUAUGUGAUUAAAGUUUUAAAAGAUUGAAAAA